UUAGACGGUACCAUCUCUAGAGCAGCGGCCGCAGAGUUGUGAAAAAGAAGAUUGAACUCGCUUUUUUAUAGUUAUCGGCGUGUUUUUUGCAUGCCUUUGUGGAAGCAGUUACUCCAAGACCAGAAGCAGGCCACCCGCCGGUGAACUCAAUCAAUUGAAGUGAUUUUGAGUUACUAAAAGCCAAUAGUACACCAUAAUUCCACGCAUAUUCCCACUCUUUUGCGUGUGUGUGGCGUAUCUGUGUGUGCGUGCCUGGUGCGUUUGCCUGUGUCUGUGUAAUUUGUCGGCUUUAAUUUGCAAGCAAGCCAGUAGUUUCGGUUAAAAUACUAUCUUAAACCGGAUAGCAGGCAAAAUGUCGUACCCACCAAGGGCGCCCAUGCCGCCCUACUUGAAUCCCUCGAUUCCGCCCCCGCACAUGAUGCCGAACAUGGGUAAUCCUCCGCCCCGAAGUUUUCGGAACUCGGCAACCAUCAGUUCACAGCCGACAGUUUACCAUCGCCCGCCAGAGCCGCAGCCACAAUUCCGUGGACCCAUCAUCACGGUCUUCGUCGGUAACAUCAGCGAACGCGUCCCGGAGGCCCUCCUGAAAAGAAUACUGGCAACCUGCGGUGUGGUGAUCAAUUGGAAACGAGUUUCCACCUUUGGAUUCUGCGAAUUUGAUGGUCCCAUUGCAGCCAUGAGAGCUGUUCGGCUGCUUAGUGAAAUGGAGAUCGACGGAAAGAAGCUGGUAGCCAAGGUGGAUGCCAAGAACAAAACUCUCAUCGAGGACUACACAAAGGAGAAUAAAAACGGCGACGGCGGCAGUGCCGUGGAUGAGAAGACGGAGGACGAGUACGCUGUCAGUCAGAUGCACGAUCUGCUAGAGGAGCACAAGCACGAGUUCGAAGGAUUCGAUGGAAGCACCCGCGGCGACAUCUACGGUAGCACUAACCGGAACAAGAAGACUCGCCGCGACGACGAUAUCAAAAUCAAGGUGAUGAACGACAAUGCUCUCGAGGAGGAGAAGCGUAAUCUCAUCAGCAGCGAGAUCGGCAAGUUCCGCAUGCGUGCCGAGGCCGACGAGCACCGCAAGGAACUGGAGAAGGAGAAGGAAAAAGAGAAGCUGGCGGCAAGCAAGGAGAAGGAGCGUGACAAGGAGCGCAAGAAGCAGCAGCGGGAAAGCGAGCGCUCCAGUAAAUCCUCCUCCAGCAAGUCUGGCUCAACGUCUGCUGGAGGAAGCUCGAGUACGGCAAAGGAAAGUGGCGAGAUUGUGGACAUAGACGAUAAGGACCAACCAUCUGUCAAUAAGGAAUCAUCGUCAUCAAAGGAAGCAAAGGAGUCCACAUCGGGUGGUCGCAGCAGUGGCAGCAGUCGCAACAAGGACUCUGCCAGCACAGAAACACACAAGGAGCGUCACACAGACUCCAAGGACUCCCGACGCCGCCGUUCCAAGUCCAGGUCGAAAGACCGGGAGCGGGAGCGCGAAAUCAGAGAACAGCGCGACAAGGAGCGUGAGAGGGAACGGGAGCGGGAAAGGGAGCGUGAACGGGAACGGGAGCAGAGGGAACGUGAACGAGUCGAGAUGCGGGAACGCGAACGGGAGAGGAAUGAGAUGCGGGAACGGGAGCGGGAGCGUGAAAGGGAGAGGGAAAGGGAACGUGACCGGGAGCGUGAGCGGGAACGCGAGGAGAAGGUCCUGAAGCCAGUGCGCGACUCCCGCCGCGAAAAGGAGAUGGAGGAGGAGUUAAGGGAGCGCAAGAAGGCCGAGAAGAAGGCUCGCGAGAAGGAGGCUGCCUACCAGGAGCGUCUCUCAAACUGGGAGAUCCGAGAGAAGCGCAAGGCCAAGGAGAACGAGAAGUACCGUCUGAAGGAGCUUCUGCGGCAGGAGGAACGUGAAACGGAUGCUAAGCGACUGAAGGAGUUCGUCGAGGAUUACGAUGACGAACGUGAUGAUUCUCUGUAUUACCGUGGACGUGAGCUCCAACAGCGUCUGGCUGAACGAGUGCGUGAGGCAGAUGCCGAUUCCAAGGAUCGCGAGAAGGAGGCCGACGAACUGGCCGAGCUCAAGAACAAGAUCUUCAGCGGCGAGUUUGAAAAUCCCUCGCUGGAGUAUGAGAAGGCACGGCGGGAAAUCGAGAAGCUGUACGAGCCUCGUAUCCUGAUUAACGUUAAUCAGGAUUCGUCAGGUGGCAAUACGGCGGGGCGGGGCAAGCAAGCAGCUUCGGCCGCCGGCGAAAGUGGCACGCCAUCGAAUUUAUCUGCUGGCGGGCAAAAGCAACGCAAAAACCAGUCAUCCUCGGAAAGCUACGAUCCCAACCUAGCCGGCCACAACGAGGAUUCCAUAUCGAACGACGACCACGCCUCCAUGGCGGACACAGCCUCGAAUGCCAGCGGAGGAUAUGCCAAGAACAACAAUAACGAGAAGUCCCUGUCAUCGCGCCAAAAUAGUAUCAGUCGGCAGGACAGCGAGUCCCGCGACUCGCUCUCCCACAUCCACACGCCAACCCAGGCGGCCAUGCUGAACGAUCAGGGUUCUGGAUCUGGAUCAGGUCCCGGGUCAGCGCAUGAUGCUCACCUUGCCUCGGCCACACCGCCCAUGACCAUGCCCCUCAUUUCGCUGACGCUGGGCAACAAUCUCAAGAAGAAGAAGAUAGAGGCCACAGGCGUCUUUGUCAACGACGACGACAAUGACGAGAAUAUCAAUCCCAAGAAGCGCAAACUGGUGCCCCUGGACUACGACGACAACAUGAGCAACAGUACGCCAUUGGGCCAUCCAGCUGGCGAUAUUGGCAGCAGUGAGGGCGGUGGAAAGAGCAGCAGCAAUAGCAACAGCUCAACGGAUCGACAAAGCUCCGCCGUUUCGGCGGCAACAGCUGCAGCCGCUGCCGUUAGCCAGAAGAUAGCCCAGGCUGGAUCCGGGACGGGAUCCGGUUCGGGUUCGAACGGUAAUGGCAAGAGCAACAGCGGCGGUAGCAGUAAACACAACAGCGGCAGCAGCAGCAGCAGCAGCAGCAAACACGGUAAGAAUGAUGCAGCUGCAUCUGCGAGCAGUAGCGCAGAUGCUGCCGCUACAAACACCAAAAAGGAUGAGAAUGGUGCAAAGGUGUAUGAUGAAAAACGGCGGCAUAUAAAAAGCAUUAUUGACAGGAUACCAACGCAAAAGGCGGAGCUAUUUAAUUAUAAGCUUGACCGCAACGAGAUUGACAGCGGUCUAAUGGAACGCAAAAUACGUCCAUGGAUCAAUAAGAAAAUCAUCGAAUAUAUCGGUGAACCGGAGCCAACGCUUGUGGACUUUAUAUGUUCCAAAGUAUUGGCCGGCAGUCCGCCCCAAAGUAUUCUAGACGAUGUUCAAAUGGUAUUGGAUGAGGAGGCUGAAGUGUUUGUGGUGAAGAUGUGGCGACUGCUAAUCUACGAACUGGAUGCCAAAAAAAGCGGCAUCGUGGGGAAGUAGAGCGCGGAUGCAAUACCCGCCAUUCCGGGGUCAGGGCGGGACAAAAGGCUGCGGAUCGUACGAUCCUCUUGCGAGACGGAUCAAGGCCCUGAUUAUUUAGAAUUUAAGUUAAUGCUUCAAUUUGUACAUAUUGUGCGGCGUUCCCCGAAAUGAUGUUGAGCUUUCUCUGCUAAGACACUCCUUAUUAGAGUUACUAUAAAGCGACCAGGGGCACAUAUAAAAAGAGCUAUUCAGUACGCUCAAUGAUUUUUUAGUCCAUCAUUUUAGUGUUAGCGAUAAUUGCUAAAUUUAAUCAUCAAUGAUAAAUGUAAAUACACUCUAAAUUCACAAAAAACAACAUAAAAAUCAAUAGUCCUA